CCCGCUCGCAGCAAAAGGCGGGGUCGUACGGCGCCGACCAGCUGCGGCGAGGAGGCCUAGGCCGAGAGUUCCAGGCUCAGCUGUGCCGGGGCCUGGAUUUUUAAUCCCGGCCGAGUGACGGCGACGUGCCCCCGGGAGGAUGGUGUUGGGGGGUUUUCCGGUGAGCUACCUGCUGCUGUGCGGUCAAGCGGCGCUGCUGCUGGGAAACUUGUUGCUGCUGCACUGCGUGUCACGGAGCUUGUCUUACAACACCACGGCCGAGCCCGAGGCCGUGGCCACCGGAUCUGUGGGCACGGCCCGCCUAGAGGGCCCAGAGACGCAGAUGCUGGCGUAUACAGAUCCCCGCUCCCCAGUCGUCUUGUGCUCCUUUCUGCCUGAUGAAUUUAUAAAAUGUGAUGACCCUGUGGAUCAUGUUGGAAAUUCAACUGCCUCUCAUGAAAUGGGUUAUGGGUGUGUCAAGUUUGGUGGCCAAGCCUACAAUGAUGUGGAACACACUUCAGUACAAUGCUAUGCCCUGGAUGGAAUUGAAUGUGCCGGCUCUAGAUCCUUCUUACGAGACAAUAAACCAUGUAUAAAGUACACUGGACACUACUUCAUAACCACUUUGCUCUACUCCUUCUUCCUGGGAUGUUUUGGAGUUGAUCGCUUCUGUUUGGGACAUACGGGUACAGCAGUAGGGAAAUUGCUGACCCUUGGAGGACUUGGAAUCUGGUGGUUUGUUGACCUUAUUUUGCUUAUUACUGGAAGACUGAUGCCUAGUGAUGGCAGCAAUUGGUGUACUGUUUACUGAAGAGAACUAGACUUGGUGAGAGUUGGUGCGGCAUGGGAAAGCAAAUGACCUUUCUCUACUGACCUUGUCUGUACAAACUGCAAUUUCUUUCACCAUCUCAGUCUCAGACUAAGUUGAUGUUUUACCCUUUUUAGAAUCUGUUGGAGCAGUGUUGUUGGACUUUAGAUGUGAAAGCCAGUUGCAGUCUGGAAAUGUAAUACUCCGGAAAAAUCAACUAUCUACAGAAAAGAAGGCAUAAGUUUGCUUGUUCAGACAUAAGCAGCAAGAGGAUUUCUAUACCUUUUUGCAUGCCUUCCCUCUACAGUAUGAUGCCUUCGGUCUUUUGGAAUGUGUAUUGAAAUAUCAUGAAUAAAAUGAACCUUUUUUAGAAUGUGCCAGGACUAUCAUAAUCUGAGCACUACAAGAUACCUGAGGUAACAUCGACCAUUAAAAAUCUGUCUUGAGCAAAAGGUGGAAACUGAAGUAGCUUUUAAUGAAGACUGAAACUCUGACUUAAUUUUUAUGUUCCAUGAAAUGUUUGGCCAAAUGGAGAAAUUGUACAGGUAUAUUGUCAUUUGAACAAGCAAGGUGAAGCCUCUAGUUCAGUUGGAUUAUUAGAACCAGGAAAUGCCAAACUUCUGUGCAUACCCCUCAGGGUGUCACUAUUAUGCCCCAGGGUAAUAUCUCCUGUGUACUGAUGAUUUCAUUAAAAUGUUUUUAAAGAGA